UUGGGUAUUGAUGACUUUGCCCAAGUCCAAGAGGCUCUGUGGGAGGCCAGAUCAAAAUGGCACAACAUUGGGACCCGACUCAAACUGGGGGUCUUUGAUCUCGAUUGCAUCAAUUCUGAGCCAGGGUUUGGUCUGGAUGACAAGUUCAACCUCAUGAUCAAGACCAGGUUGAAGAGGAUGGAGCCAUGCACCUGGAGAGAUCUCUACGAUGCUCUUAAUCAUCCUACUGUUGAUAUGCCCAGUGUUGCCAACAAACUCACAGUGAAGUUACCAAUUGUUGUGGCACUACCUGCAGAGCAAGGGGCAGCAGGUGUGGCUAAAACCUCAUCUAUUAGUGGAGGAGUCCAAGAUAAAGAAAUCACCGAGACGAGAGAAAAGAUUGAUCAGUUGCAGAAAGAAUAUAUCGAAAUCUCCGUUUGCGCUGCUGAAGAAUUUAGCAAUAGUGUUGCAGUUAAAAUGUUACGUUACUCCCUCCUCUGUCUUCCAUUUAAUCUCAAAAAGGAGCAUAGAAGGUUUGUUACUAAAGUGAAAGCUGAAAUAAAACAAGCUGAAUCAGCUGAGGAUAUAAUUGAUGUUAUUGGCGAACACUAUGACUACCUCCACUACACUCUGUUGAAGUAUGUCGUUGAUCUCUACGGCAGCGAUGAUCUGAAGAAAAAGAUGGAAAAGUACGAGAAUAAGAUGAAAGCAUUUAGGAAGGAAACUAGGCUUGAAGUAUUUUCGGACGUUUGCGCUGAUGAGCCAGAAGAUAUCAACGGAAGGUUUACCACGAUGGUUAGUAAGCAGGACAUGGACUGGAGAACCGCUACACUGGAAGAUGUUGAGAAGUUUCGCAUUCAAGUCUGCCGGGAGUUGUCCUUGUAUGACUUCUCCCUCAACCUCAUGAAAGUGGCUCGAGGGUGUGUGGAGGUGACAUGGCGGGUUCCUCGUUCUCUGGUGACCUACAUCCAGAACUCUGUCAAGCCCAGCAGUCAGAGCAUGAUGGAGCAUCACGUCACCACUCUCACCAUUGACGGAUUCAUCGUCUACGACUCCUCUUUCGCCAUGCAGUUGGAGUGGAAGGUGAUUCGACUAGGGCUUCAGGCUAUUGAUACCAAUUAUAGCUACCUGUUGGAGGAGAUGUCACCAGAUGAAGUAGUGCCACAUCUGGUACAACGAAGGCUGCUGACACAGCCACAAGCAGAAGAAGUUUGGGCAAAGAGCAGUCAACUAGAGAAAGUACAUAUAAUAGUAGAGGCACUCCGAGAGGCUGAUAAUAGAGUUGUUGGGAGGUUCCCAACAUUCUGUAUGGCUUUGGCUAAUGCAGGGCAGUUACAUGUUUCAGAGAGACUCCGUAACAAGUUCCAGAGUCUGCUGAAGGGUGAGGCAGUCUCCCUCCAACAAGAGGAAGAUGAAGUCAUGAUCUCUGGAGAGUCAAGUACCCAGCCCUCUCCUCCUCCUCCAGAUAGCCGCCUCUUCACUGCCCAAUUGGAGGGUUCUACCCUCACAAGAGCACAGUACAACACCAUACACAGCCUCACCAGCUCCCUACUCUGUAUCCCAACUGGUGAUCUGGUAUACAAUGGCCACACCCUCAAUCCACUCACUCUUCACUGGCACUACUAUACUAUUUGUCGGUGGCUAAUUUUUCUCUCUCAUUACAAUGCAAUGGCACAGGAGGGUAUUAGAAAAGUUUGUAACAAUGGAACAGAAAUUAUCAUUCCUCAUUUGAAUGUAAGUGAAACA